AUGGACAUCAAGGGGGAGGAGGUGACACGUGGGGCCGGUUGGUCUCCUCAGUUUUACUGCCUGGGUCCUCGCAGCCUUGACGCGGACGCUCCGGCGCGCAGGGGACGAGCCGCGGGGCGUGCCCUCCCGGAAAGGGGCACCGGGGCGCAGGCAGCGGCUCUACCUCCGACUCUAGCCCAGCGGGGAGCGAAGCUACCUACCAUGGAACCCGUGACCAAGUGGAGCCCCAAACAAGUGGUGGACUGGACUAGAGGGUUGGAUGACUGCCUGCAGCAGUAUGUCCACAAGUUUGAACGGGAGAAGAUAAACGGAGAGCAGCUGCUGCAGAUUUCCCAUCAGGAUCUUGAGGAGCUUGGGGUCACACGGAUCGGACACCAGGAGCUUGUGUUGGAGGCUGUUGACCUUCUCUGUGCACUGAAUUAUGGCCUUGAAACCGAUAAUAUGAAGAACUUGAUUCUGAAACUGCGAGCGUCUUCCCACAAUUUACAUAAUUACAUAAGUAGCCGGCGGAAAAGUCCAGCUUAUGAUGGGAACUCCUCCCGCAAGCCCCCCAACGAGUUCCUGACCUCUGUGGUGGAGCUGAUCGGUGCUGCGAAGGCCUUGUUAGCUUGGCUGGACCG